AUGGCUUUACUAGCUGUAUAUCUCUUUUAUCUGUUAGCCUUUGGUUCUUCUUCAUCAAAUGCUGCUGCACAAAUCAAUCAAGUUGGAGUAUGCUAUGGCCAACUGGGGAACAACCUCCCAACUCCAUCAAAAUCUGUGCAACUCCUCCAGAAACUCAAUGCCACACAGGUCAAACUCUAUGAUGCAAAUCCAAAGAUUCUCAAUGCCCUCAUUGGUAGCAAGCUCUAUAUCACAGUCAUGGUCCCAAAUGAGCUCAUCAUCAACAUUUCAUCCAACCAAACUCUAGCAAACCAAUGGGUCCAAAACAAUGUGAUCCCUUACUAUCCUCGGGCCAUGAUUCGUUACAUCCUAGUAGGCAACGAGGUUUUGAGUUACUACUUUAAACCAUUAUGGUUUUAUCUCGUUCCAGCCGUAAAGAGAAUCCAUCAAUCCGUGAAGACUUUCGGUCUCUCCAACGUUAAAGUUGGAACCCCACUAGCAAUUGACAUGUUGGAAUCUUCUGUGCUUUUACCUUCCAAUGGCACGUUUCGGUCUGACAUUGCAGGCAAGGUUGUGAAACCAUUGUUGCAGUUCUUGAAUCAGACCAACUCAUUCUUCUUCGUUGACUUGUACCCUUACUUUGAGUGGGUAUCAAAGCCCAACACCGUUAGCCUUGGCUACGCAUUGUUAGCGGCCCAAAACAAAACGUUCAAAGAUCCAGUCUCGGGCUUGGUCUAUAAUAACUUGUUGGACCAAAUGCUCGAUUCGGUAGUGUUUGCCAUGAAGAAACUCGGGUACCCGAGUAUUCCCUUGUUCAUUGCGGAAACAGGUUGGCCCAAUGGUGGCGAUCUUGAUCAAAUUGGAGCCAGCAUUUACAAUGCAGCUACGUACAACCGGAAUGUGGUGAAAAAAUUCACGGCCAUGCCUUCGGCAGGAACACCGGCCAGACCGGGUGUGAACAUUUCGGUCAAUAUCUUCGCUUUAUACAACGAAAAUCAAAAGCCUGGUCCAGGCACAGAGCGACAUUUUGGGCUAUUGUACCCGAAUGGAACGAGUGUGUACGACAUAGAUUUGUCCGGCCACACACCAGAUUCAAGCUACAGUCCAUUACCGCAGCCAUCAAACAACAAGCCUUACAAGGGGAAACUUUGGUGCGUGGUAGCUAAAGGAGCAAGUUGGAACCAACUGGGGAGCGCGUCGACUUUUGCUUGUGGACAGGAAAAUCGUACCUGUGCAGCGAUUCGGCCUGGUGGAAAGUGUUACAAGCCCAAUUGGUCGGUCCUGCAUGCAAGCUAUGCUUUUAGUGCUUAUUGGGCUCAAUUUCGGCAGAGCGGUGCAACUUGUUUCUUUAAUGGGCUUGCCGUCCAAACCACCAAAGAUCCAAGCUAUUUGUCCUGCCAGUUUCCCAGUGUUAAUCUUUGA